AUGUCCAAGGCUUUCAUUCAGCGCCCGGCCCCAGGCUUCACUGCCAUGACCGUCUUCGCCAACGGCGAGUUCAAGGAGAUCUCUCUGUCCGACUACCUCGGCCAAUGGGUCGUCCUGCUGUUCUACCCCAUGGACUUCACCUUUGUCUGCCCCACUGAGAUCAUCCAGUACAACGACGCUCUGUCUCGUUUCCGCAGCAUCAACACCACCGUCCUCGCUCUCUCGACUGACUCACACUUCUCCCACCUGGCCUGGCAAUCGCAGCCGCGCAAGCAGGGCGGUCUCGGCUCCGACCUGGAGCUGCCUCUGGUCGCCGACCGCAGCCAAAAGAUCUCGCGCGACUACGGCGUGCUGCUCGAGGACGAGGGCGUCGCCCUCCGCGGUCUCUUCAUCAUUGACCCCAAGGGAACCCUCCGCCAAAUCACCGUCAACGACCUGCCCGUCGGCCGCAACGUCGAGGAGACGAUCCGCCUCGUCCAGGCCUUCCAGUUCACCGACGAGCACGGCGAGGUCUGCCCCGCUGGCUGGAUGCAGGGCGCCAAGAGCAUGAAGGCCGACCCCAAGGGCAGCCUCGAGUACUUCUCUUCGGUCCCUGACGAGGCCGCCAACGGACACGCCAACGGCACCAACGGUACCAAGAGGGCUCGCGUUGACUAA